GGCGGGCGGCUCCGUGUGCUGGCAGGGCAGCGGCAGCGGCAGGCAGAGCGGCCGGCCGAGGAGCCGCCGGUCCCCGGGCGAGGCGAGCGUGUGUGCCGGCCAUCCCCUGCCGCGCAGUCCUGCCAGCAUGGGGCACCGCGGGAAGAAGGCGUGCUGCCUGCCUUUGCUGCUGCUGCUGCUGCUCGCUCUCUGCAGAGGGCGCGUUGUGAGAGUGCCCACAGGCCCUCUCAUUCGGGUCCUGGGCACGGAGGUGGCGAUCCCUUGCAGCGUCAGCGACUACGAUGGCCCCAGCGAGCAGAACUUCGACUGGGAGUUCUCAGGCGAGGCUGGCUUCGUGCGCAUCAUGAGCACCUGGGACUCCGCCUUCACCUCCGAGCAGUACCGGCAGCGCGUGGGCCGCGGCGACAUCCAACUGCGGCGCAGCAGCAACGAUGCUGUGGAGCUUGUGAUUGCAAGCAUCCAGCCAGCUGACCAGGGCAGAUACAAGUGUUCCACGCCCAGCACUGACGCCACCGUCCAGGGAAACUAUGAUGCAGAGGUCCAAGUGAGAGUGAUUCCCGACGGCUUAUCGGUGAGCGGUUCAAAAGCACGUUCCUCCAUGCCUCUCAGGCUGUCUGAGGGUGACUCCUUCAAGCUGCGCUGCUCAGCAGUUACCACCUCUCUGGAGCACACUCACUUGCAUGUGACUUGGCAGAUCAAAAGUGGAGCAGUGUGGCAGGACAUCCUGUCUUUGACUCACGAGGGCAAAUUCCAGCCGGGCCCUGGCUACGAAGAGCGCUAUCGCAAUGGAGAGAUCCGCUUGGACACGGGAGCGAAUGACACCUACUGGCUGGCUGUGUCCCAGGCCUCCUCCGUGGAUGGAGGUGCCUACAGGUGUCUUGUGAGCGAGUGGGUGAGAGGGGCAGACAGCUCAUGGCAGAAGAUUCAGGAGAAGAGCGUGGAAAUAGCCACUGUGGCAAUCCAGCGCACCGCUCUAGAUGUGGUCAUCUCAACAAGCAAUGUGUCUGUGACUGAAAGAGACUCCCUGGAUCUCACAUGCAACAUCACGACAGACAGGAGCGGUGUUUUCCAAGCGGAAGUGACCUGGUACUUUUCUGUGUCCCCUGAUGAUGCUUUGUCAGCUGCUCAGGUCUUGCUGAGCAUGGACCACGAUUCUGUUGUCAGCGAUUCAACUCUCAUCAGCAUGAGCCACGUGGAUAGGAACUCCUAUCGCCUGCUAGUGCGUGAUGUGGCUGUGGAAGACUCCGGCUACUACUUCUGCCAAGCAGCUGUCUGGGUACCACUGCACAACGGGAGCUGGCAGAAGGUGGUGGAAAGGACAUCUGCGCCAGUCAAUGUGAUGGUGACAGCUUUAGAGCCAGACUACGAGGUGUUUCUGAAUGCCUCUAAAACACCCAAGUUCUCAGAUGACCCCACGGAGCUCAACUGCAUGAUCACAAACGCGCAGGACACUGAAGCAAACCUCCGCUUCGCGGUCUCCUGGUAUUACCGGCAGCACUUGCCCGGGGAUGAUGUGGCGACAGAGGAGCUGCUGGCCACGAUGGAUGCAGACUGGACUCUGCUGCUUGGGGCCCGGAGCAGAGAGAGGACUCAGAACGGGGAAAUCAUCUUCUUUAAGAAGGCUGUUGGCAUCUUCAGUUUGCGAAUCCAGUGGACUUCAGAGGGUGACAGAGGGGAUUAUUUCUGUGUCAUUUCUGCCUGGAGUAAGCACCGCAACAACAGCUGGGUCAAGAGCAAGGAUGUGAUUUCUCCACCUGUCAGCAUCUUCUGGGCUACACAAGAUUACACGCUGACAGUGGAGGCGGUGAAGUUGAAGCCGUUCUUUGUGGCAGGCCACACCUUUGAGAUGACCUGCAAAGUGUCCUCGAAGAACAUCAAGACCCCGCGCUACUCCGUGCUCAUCACCGCGGAGAAGCCGCUGGCCGACCGCUCGAGCCCCAACGGCACCACCCGCAUCAUCUCCCUGAGCCAGGACUCCGUGGUGCGCCUGGAGGACUGGAGCGACCAGGCUCGCGUGGACGGCGUGGUGCUGGAGAAGGUGCAGGAGAACGAGUUCCGCUACAGGAUGUACCAGACCCAGAUCUCCGAUGCUGGGCUCUAUCGCUGCCUGGUGACCGCCUGGUCCCCGGGCGGGGGUGGCAUGUGGCGGGAAGCGGUGAAUGGCUUCUCCAACCCUAUCCAGAUAGACUUCCAGACGUCAGGUCCCGUGUUCAAUGUCUCAGUGCACUCUGACAACCCCACGGUUUACCAGGGCGAGCUGGCAGAUCUGCUCUGCAUCGUCACCACCGAAGGGAUGCCCCUCGAGCCAGAUGAUAUGUCCUUCGAUGUCUCCUGGCUGGCCGUGCGCUCCUUCGCGCUGGACAGGGAGCCUGUGCUGCUGGCCUCGCUGGACCGGAGAGGGAUCGUGACCCAGAGCAGGAGGAACGGGAGCAGCGACCUCAGCCUGGAGAGAAUCAGCCCGCUGGAGUUCCGCCUCCGCCUGCACGGCUGCCAGGACCACGACUUCGGCAACCACUACUGUGUAGUCACCCCAUGGGUGCGAUCUGCCACUGGUGUGUGGCAGCAGGAGCCUGACAUCAAAGCCAAACCCAUCUUUCUGUCUGUGAAAAUGGAUGUUCUGAAUGCUUUCAAGUAUCCCCUGUUGAUUGGCAUCAGUCUGGCCACUGUCAUUGGACUCUUAUCCUGCCUCAUUGGCUACUGCAGCUCCCGUUGGUGCUGCAAGAAGGAGGUGCAGGAGACAAGACGAGAGCGUCGCCGGCUGAUGUCGAUGGAGAUGGACUGAGCGUGGGAGCCAGACGUGCUUGCGUUUCGGGAGAGACUCAGCCUGGGCACUCUUGGACUGUGCCGAGCCACUGGCUCACAGGACCAGGCAAGGCAGUGUAUUUCUGCUCUGAUUUCAACCUGGACCUCAAGCUUCUCGCCUCUCCUCGUUACACGUCACGGGCUGAGAGCGUUCAGGCCAUGUUUACUGACUUGGAGUUCUCCUUUUCCAGCAGCACUUUCUGCGUAGGAAUUGUGUCCUUCCUUCAGUGGGGCCCUGUGGCAAACUUCACCCAGGUUGUUUGGGUUUUUGGUUGGUUGGUUGGUGGUUUUUUUUCCAUCUGCUCUUGGUUUUGACAAGAUGUGCCCACAUGAAAGCAUGAUGGGCAGGGUGAUGGGUGGGAAAGGGGCCAGUAGAAGUGUUAGGCUUCAGUUGUAUUAACCAAUCUACUUCUCCCCUCUACCCCGUCACAACAUCAUGUUCCCUUUCUCUGCCUUGGUAUCUGACAGGCUUCUGUGUUAGUUGAAGGCUGGAGAAGACUCCUCUGCUGGUGCCUCCUGAGGCCAUUGCAGCAAGGAGCUGGUUGCUCGUUGUCAGCAUGCCUUCUCUUCUCUGGCUCUCCAAAGGCUUGCAGUUAGCUCCCAAACAUCACUUGCCUAGAGGUCUUUGAGGCACUUUACUUCAAACUGGUAGUUUAUUUUCAGUGCUCAGAGCUCUUAGCUGUGGUGCCUGGGGCCUAACUUGGCAACCCUGAAGACUCAAUCCUCAGGCAAGCAUUUGUUGGAUGUCCUCUUAUGGCCACUUUCUUUCCUACCCCUCCACUUUAUCUCCUCGCUACAGCUGCUCGCGUUGUGUCUGAGACCCUGUUCUGCUUGUGGCAGGGGGGGCACAUAAUGUCCAGGAAUAAAGCCCUGCCCUUUGCUGGCCUUGGCAGAGAGAUAGGAGGCCUUGCCCCACUGGUUAUGGUGUGACUUCUGGAUGCAAAACAAAGCAAAGAGCUGGGUCCUUGUCUGCAGUUGGCCAAGUGAUCCCGUUUAGAGAGGCCCAGUAAAUUAUCUAUUGCUAGGUGCACAAACCAGAUACUAAUGCUGCUUCUGCCAGUCACUCAGUGGUACCUCUUGAACCUGUGAACAGAGCCUGAGAUCUGCAGCAGUUGAAGUGCAGCUCAGGGUAGAAGUAGGGUCAAGCCUGAGAGGGCAGCAAGAAUCCUUCAGCUUCCAGUGCUCCUGGGCUUACGUGUGGUCCUGCAGCAGGACCUUCCCCAUCGGUCUGAGAACUGUUCUGAUAUCACAGAAGUUGUGCUUUUGUCUUCCACACACUGACCUGGCUCCUGAGCUGGGAGCAGCUUCUGUUUCAGGCAGUUCUGCCUUCUCAGCACAACUGGUGUUUUAAGCAAUAAAAAUCAGCAUAAAGAUACUGUGUAUAAACCAGGACUAGCAGGACCACACCACCAGCUGAUGUCACAGCCUGGGGUCGGUUUGCAUCAAGUAGGGUGAUGAAUGCAGAGUUGAGGCCUCAAGGGCUCAACCCUUUCCAGAUGUUCUUCAUAAAGUAAAAGAUGUUAAAUGAGAACAUCCAUGGAAGGUAGUGGCUGUGAUGUGCUCUUGCUAGUCCAGACUGAGCCUGCCUCACUAAGAGCUCAUCUCGCUGCACGUUCCAGGGGAGCCGCAGGGCUAGUAUCUGUGCUACAAAGACUUUGUCUUGCUUUGGCCUUUGUGGAAGCUUGCAGUCAGCUCUGCCUUUCCAAAAUCCUGUGGCUUUGCAGUGAGAUUUUUUCCUGUGCUUCCCUCCUGCCCCAUUUUGCAUUGUUCUGAGGCUGAUGUGUGGAGCUGUUUGCCUCCCACAGGCGAGCAUGCACGCAGUGACAUAUACACACAUUUGUAUACACAGAGGUGGCCACUGGUUUUUGGAAGCUGAAUGCUGGAUGUCUUGAAAAUAGACUUGAUUUUGCAGUUGGGGCUUGCAAUGUGGUAUUUGAGUCUUUAAGGCAUUUGGUGUAGGAUUCCAAAACGUAUAAACCUGUGAAAGACUUUGGCCUGAACAUUCACAACAACAUUUUUCUUCUUGGCCUAGUGUCUUCUUUUCCAGAGAGCUCUCAAAAGACCUGUCUUGCAGACAGAGGUACCUGUGUGUGCUGAGGACCAGGCCAGAGGCACUCUCUAGCUUUUGCUGUGAAAGCCAAGGAAUCUGUAGUGAUGUUUUCCAAAGAAAGGAAGCUGAGGGAAGGUUUUGCUCAGAUACUACUCUGCCAGCAAGAAUUUCUCAUCCUCUCCUGUCUGUCUGCCACAGAGGAAUCUUGCUUUUGCCUUGGAUGCUGUGGAACAAGGUUCUGAUGCUUGGGAUGCUGGCUGUCUUUCCCACUGCUGACCCAGCAGCUUUUUUCCUGCAUUACCAUCUGCUUUCCUCAUGGAAGGCCUGUGGCAUGGGGUGUCUUGGGAGGGGGCACAGUGGUGGUGAAGCUCGAAGCACAGCAUCAGUCACUUUCUGUCCUCGCAGGCUGACUCCUUGUUUAUGUGCUCUUAGUUAAGUUUUAGGUAGAGAGGAUCAGGACUGAAACGCAAUAAUUAGGGAAUGAAUGAGCAGGGAAGUGCCAGCUCUCCUCAAGCACACAAUACAGCACAUUUUCUCCCUGCUGGAAAAAUCUCAGGGUUAUUUUGGUUAGGGCUCCCUGCUCCUCUAGUGAAAGGUCCCCGUGUCCUUAGCUAAUGCUGACCUUCCCUUCGUGGCCCCCAACAAACCAUCUUUGUCAUUCCAAGUGAAGCAAGUCCGUGCUUGAUCACUUCUGACUCAUGCUGCUGCCAGCCCCUCGGAAGGUAAUGCUGCAUCUCCUUUCCACCCUGUAUUUGCUGUAGUUGGAAGGACAGAAGCUGAGGGGCUCAGACUUACCCCCGCCCCUUCUUUCCUUCUACUUGUGCCAAUUUUGUAUUGUCCCCUUUUUUAAAAGUAGUGUGGGAAUCACAUCUCUAAUGGAAAAAAACCCAGAGUCACUUUUCCUGUUUUUAUUUGCUGUGUGAGCAGGGUUUGUGUGUGAGUGGAGGUGUGUGUGCAUCUGGUUGUGUAUUAAACCUGCAGACUAUCAGAAGAGUAAGCUGCCCAAGGUGCAUUGCAAGCAUCCACAUCCCUCCCUGCUGCAACCUGUGGUAUUGUCAAAGUAUCCUAAGGGCUCAUGUUGAUCUUCCUCUGUUUGCAUUGCAACAUCUCCUGGUAAACUCCUCCAGGCACUUAGAAUUUCGAUCCAGGACAAGCUUGAACAUCAUGUAGCAAGAGGACAAGAUGUUUUCUUUCUUUUGGUUACAAAAUACCCUGUUUGGCACAAUUCUGGAAUGCAGGUACUGAACAGUUCUAACAGUGCUGUGUAAAAUGUUUCUUUUUAUGUUUAAAAUAAAGAAUGAGCCUUUUUGAUUA